CCAAAAACUAGCGUUUGAUGAAGAUAACAAGUUGUGCGUGAACAAGGGAAUGAAGGAAUAGAUGAACGUAAAAUUCAAAGUUACACCUCAAGAAUGGAUUGGAAUGUUCACGGGAUGAACCUUGCUAAUAUUGUUUGAUUUUUUAAAAAUAGAUAUAUUAUUAUUGGUAAUUGUUGAGCAUCAUCGGAAUGCAUCAGAAGAAAUGAUAAGGUUUUUAUCAUAUAUUUCUUUGAUAAAUUGAUGAACAACACUUGAAGAUUUCAUAUAAAAAAACGAUUAAGAGGUUGAGGAAAUUAGAGAAAAUGAAUUUGAUGAUGUUUUUUGUGGUAGUGUUUCAAAUAGAUAUAAAUGGAAACAUCAAACAUGUAAUUUGGGCUACUAAGAAGAGAUAAAGAAACUUCCAUCAUGCACUUACUUGAGAAUCUUGGAGAAUCCUCUGAAAACAGAAAUUCCAUCGAUUAGGAUUUUUUCAAUAAUACGAAAGAGAAACUCAAUGAAAAAAAACUGAAAAUGCAUCAUGCAGAACAACAGGUUAUCAUUGAGUUAAUUGAUUUCAAUGAAUGCAAUUCGUUGCAAACACUUCUCACUACAAAACUUCAAUUGCAAAGCAAGGGUUUUGUAAAGUGGUUCACCAAUAGAGAAAUCUAUCAUAAACACAUAAGAAAUUGGAAGAGUAGUCAUUACAAUAGAAGUCACUUGUAUAUUCCAAUUGAAUUUAUUGAGAAUAGAGAAACUGUCCUGUCAAUUGUUGAUAAGGACACUUCAGUUUAUAGAGAAUAUUUGAGUUUAGUUCCUUCUUGGAAGAAUGAUAAGGAAAUUGUAAUGAAAGCUUGUCAGCAGGGCGGAUUUGCUCUGACGUUUGCCUCUGAAGAAUUGAGAAAUGACAGAGAUGUUGCCCUGUCAGCAGUCAAACAAAAUGGAUUAAUGAUUAGUGAAAUUCCUCUGGAAUUGAGAAAUGAUAGAAGAAUUGUUUUGGAAGCUGUAAAGCAGAUAGGCAUUGCUCUUUCCCAUGCUCCUUCAAUGCAAUCAGAUGAAGAAAUUGUUUUAGAAGCCACAAGACAAAUGACAUUUGCAUUUAGAUUUGCAUCAGAAGUCUUGAAAAAGGAUUACCAAUUUAUUAAAAAAGUGGUUAGUGUAAAUGGAAUGGUUUUGGAAUAUUUGAAUGAAGAGUUCAAAGGAGAUAUUGAUAUUGUCAAACUUGCCAUCUGUCAAAAUGGAUUAAGCUUGAGAUAUGUGGCCCACUUUAAUGAUGAUGAAGAAUUAGUGAAACUAGCCAUUAACAGCAAUGGGCUUGCUCUUGGUUAUGCAUCUGAACGAAUGAAAUCAAAUAUACAAAUUGUAAAACAAGCUAUCAAGCAAAAUUCAUGUGCCAUUGAGUAUGCUUCUACAGAAUUAUUGGAAUUAAAUCCAGAAAUUCAACAAUAUUCCGAAUCAAUUGCUAACCAAGAGAAAUCACCAAAUAUGAGAUUGCAUAAUGAUUCAAAGGUUCUUUAUAGAGAUACUCAAAACUUAAAGUUUAUAACAGGUCAAAUGAAAGGAGACAUUGAAUUUGCUUUAAAAGUACUGAAACAAAAUAAUAAGGUAUUCCAAGAGUUCCCACAGAAACUUCAAGAAAAUAAGGAGUUUGUUAUUCAGGCUUUGAAGCAGGAGCAUCCAGAUCAAAUUUUAAACCUUUAUUCUCAAUUAUCGGAAACUUUGAAGAGUGAUGUAGAUAUUCUGUGUGAAUCUAUCAAGAUUAAUCCAUCAGUGAUUGGUCAGGCACCUGAUAAUGUAUUUUCAGAUAGAGAGUUUAUUCAUACACUGGUAAAACUGAACGGCUUCUCUCUAUGCUAUCUGAAACCUUUUAUUAAACCUUCAGAUAGGGAAUUGGCAUUAUCUGCAAUUAGACAGAAUGGAUUGGCACUCAUGUUCUGUUCCAACAGAUGGAAAUUCAAUGCAGAGAUGAUUAUAGAAGCUGUCAAGCAGAAUGGGUUCAUCAUUCCUUACCCAUACAGAGAAGAAAAUCAAGUUUACAGAAUUUUAUUUGGUGAGAAUUUCUUAAAAGAAUUAAGACAAAUUAGAAUGAGUAGUUGCUACAUGGAUUGUUAUAUUCCUGAUAGGUAUUUAGAUAGUAGAGUGUGUUAAAUACCAACAGCAAUACUAAUGUACAUUAUAGUGUAUUUUACAGAGGUGUGUAAAUUAUGAUAUUUCAGUAUUUUCUAAAUCAAUGUUGCAAUACUCUUUACAAUAGUUAUGCAACAGUCUAGAUAAAUUAUCAUUACUUGGAUU